AUGGUGAAUGCACCACACGCAUCUUCGGGUUCUACACUUAGUGCUCAGAAGAAACGUCAGGAUGAAAAGAAUCUUCGGGCUUUACGACGUGGGCUGAAUCCACCGCAUCGGGUCAAAUCAAUUUCCAUGGCUAACUUCACAAACGAGGAAAUUGAACGAGUUCGUAGCCUCGGAAACGAAGAGAAUUCACAUACAUGGCUUGGUUUAUAUUCUGGCAAUCCACCAAAGAUGACAAACAAAGAUGAAAUAACUGCAUUUCUCAUCAAGAAAUACGAAAAGAAAGAAUGGUUCGUUUCCCGAAGUGAACUUGAAGAACAAGAACGACUUCUUAAUCAAGCAAAAGAGGUGGCUAGCCAAUCUGGCACCAGUAUGAAGAGUGGCGGCAGUGCAUCAUCGAAGGAAUUCGUUACUGUCAUCAAAAAGUUUUGCGCAGCCUUCGUGAUACCAGAAGAAUAUUCAAAGCUAGUUGAUCAACCUGCACUAGAGAACAUAGAGCGUGAUUUGUGA